GACCACCUUCACAGGGGAGACUGGCCCACCCCCAUGUGCAGAUCAGGUGGUACGGCCCACCCCCACCCCUCUUAUUGAGCUGAAUGAAUGAGAGAGAGAGAGGGGGUGGAGCGAGCUAGACUCACAGUGGCAUGCCAUCAGAGACUCUGCAGCAACACAUUCCUCUGCUCUACAUUCAUUCUGCCAGCUACCACAGAGGACUGCUUAGGUCCAGCUCAGGGUCCACUCAGUUCAGCUCAGUCCAGCUCAGGUCCAGGUUUGCAGAGAUGAAGCUGCUGCUGUUGUUGCUGUUGAUGGAGCGAGCUGCAGCUCAGCAGAGAGGUCUGUUCCCAGCCAUCUUGAACUUGGCGAGUAACGCAGUGAUUACCAGCAAUGCGACAUGUGGUGAUCCAGAACCUGAGGUUUACUGUAAACUGGUGGAACAUGUUCCAGGACGACGAAUCAAGAACCCGCACUGCCCUAAAUGUGAUGCCAACUCCGUCCUAUCCAAAGAACGCCAUCCGAUAACAAACGCCAUCGAUGGGACGAAUCAGUGGUGGCAAAGUCCAAGUAUCAAGAACGGCCGACAGUUUCACUGGAUUACCAUCACCCUGGACCUCAAACAGGUGUUUCAGGUCGCCUACAUCAUCAUCAAGGCCGCAAACUCUCCUCGCCCAGGUAACUGGAUCCUGGAGCGCUCUCUGGACGGUGUGACCUUUGACCCCUGGCAGUAUUACGCCAUCACUGAUUCUGAGUGUUUGUCUCAUUAUAACGUGACGCCAAGACUCGGACCACCAACCUACAAGACGGACACCGAGGUCAUCUGCACGUCCUACUACUCCAGACUGAACCCGCUGGAGCAUGGAGAGAUCCACACCUCCCUGAUUAACGGCCGCCCCGGAGCCGACGAUUUGACCUCUGAGCUCUUGAACUUUACGUCAGCUCGUUACAUCAGACUGAGGCUUCAGAGAAUCAGAACGCUCAAUGCCGACCUGAUGACACUGAGCGCCCGCGACCCUCGAGACAUCGACCCCAUCGUCACCCGGAGGUAUUAUUACUCCAUCAAAGACAUCUCUGUUGGCGGGAUGUGUAUCUGUUACGGCCACGCCCAGAGCUGCCCGCUGGAUUCUGUUACCAAGAAACUGCAAUGUGUGUGUGAACACAACACCUGUGGAGAAAGCUGUAACGAGUGUUGCCCUGGUUACCACCAGCAGCCAUGGCAACCAGGAACCAUCUCUGAGGGCAACACCUGUGAAAAGUGUAACUGCCACAACAAAGCAGUGGACUGUUUCUACAAUCAGACCGUCUCCGAUCUGUCUUUGAGUUUGAACACUCGUGGCGUUCGUCAAGGAGGGGGAGUCUGUAUCAACUGUCAGCAGAACACCGCCGGCAUCAACUGUGAGACCUGCGCUGCUGGAUACUACAGAACUGCCGAGGUGUCUCCAUACUCAGACUCUCCCUGUGUGGAGUGUAACUGUGACCUGAGAGGAUCAGAUUCUGCAGUCUGCAGCAGAGACGACACACAGCCAGGUGUGUCUGCAGGUCAGUGUGUGUGUAAGGAGGGCUUCACGGGUCGGCACUGUGAUCGCUGUGCAUUUGGAUACCGAGACUUUCCUCUGUGUGCUCGAUGUGAGUGUCACCUGCCCGGCAGCACCAACACAGACCCCUGCAGCCCCUGCACCUGCAAGGUGAAUGUGAUGGGAGCGCACUGUGAUCUGUGUAAACCGGGUUUCUACAACCUGCAGGAGAGUAAUCCGCUCGGCUGCACUGACUGUUUCUGCUUCGGUGUGUCUGACGUUUGCGAGAACUCCGCCUGGUCCACUGCUCAGGUGCUUCAUACGGACGCUUGGCUCCGCCCCUCUCAGUCCCACCACACUACACCUGUGGUCCACGGCAAUGACCUCCCUCUCCCUGGCAACCAGUCUUCAGUCCACCAACACCUGUUGUUGUGGGCGGCGCCAGACAGUUUCCUUGGCAACAAGCUGGUAUCCUAUGGAGGUGUCCUGACCUACUCUGUGGUUUAUGAUGUCCCAUUGGACAAUGAAGUCCGUUCUCUCCCUGCCCACUCUGACAUCAUCAUCAAGGGAAAUGGUCGUGCCCUUCGUCUCUCUCCUCCUCUUCUCCUCUUCCUCUCGCCGCUGGCCGAGCGCUUGGUUGCCGUGGUGAUGACCCCGCAGCGAUUCGUGGACGCUCAAACGGGCGUUCUGGUUACCCGUGACGACCUGCUGUCAGUCCUCACAGACGUGACAUCACUGAGGGUCAGAGUUCACCUGAACGCCUCUGUGGACGGGCCCAUACGUCUCAGCUCGGUGUCUCUGGACUUUGCUGACUCUGGCUCAGAUUCUGGCGUUCAGGCCGUUGCCGUAGAGACUUGUGAAUGUCCGUGGGGUUACAGCGGUACUUCCUGUGAGGCGUGUGUCCCAGGUUUCUACAGGGUGGGAGGAGUUUUGUUUGGAGGGAACUGUAUGCAGUGUGAGUGUAACGACCACGCCACCGAGUGCGACAUCAACGGUGUUUGUUUGGGUUGUACCCAUAAUGCCACUGGUCCCCACUGUGACCGGUGUCUUCCCGGUUUUUAUGGCGACCCCACGGAAGGUACAGCAGACGACUGCCGGUUGUGUCCGUGUCCUCUGACGGAGCCGUCCAACAGUUUCAGUCCCACCUGUGUGCUGGAGGCACCUGGCCAGGUGUCAUGUGACCAGUGUCAGGACGGGUACACAGGAACCAACUGCGAGAGGUGUGCCAGCGGUUUCUAUGGUAACCCACAGGUAGUGGGCGGGGCCUGUGUCCGCUGCGAGUGUAACGGCAACGUGAACGUCAGCGAGGCGGGGCACUGUCACACCGCCACCGGGGAGUGUCUGCGCUGCCUCAGGAACACUGCCGGGAGACACUGCGAAGUCUGUCAGCCUGGUUAUUAUGGAGACGCCGUGCAUGCCAAGGACUGUCGGGAAUGUGGCUGUGAUGCGAGCGGCGCCCUCUCCAGUGUGUGUGAUGUCACAGCAGGUCAGUGUUCAUGCAGAGAGAACGUGACGGGACGCACCUGUGACCGCUGCCAGUCUGGGUUCUUCGAGCUGCAGAGUGGGCAGGGCUGUCGGCCGUGUGGCUGCAGCCAAUCAGUAGCCCUCUCUCAGUCAUGUGAUGACGAGGGGCGGUGCCAGUGUGUGGAGGGCGUGGCUGGUGAUAAGUGUGACCGCUGUAGCCGUGGUUACUAUGGUUUCCACGCCAUCGGCUGCACAGCAUGCACCUGUGAUCACACCGGAGGGAACUGUGACCCUGUGAGCGGCGAGUGCAUCUGCCCCACCCACACAGAGGGAGACACCUGCGACAGGUGUGAGACAGGUUACUGGGGUCACGACCCUGCCACGGGCUGCAAGGUGUCCUGUGGUGUCCUGUGGUGUCCUGUGGUGUUCUCUGAUGGGGCCCUCAAGCCCUGGAUUCAGAUCAGGAAACCCCGACUAAACCCUCUGAAACCACGUUGUACAUCACGCUCUGUGUGUGUGUGUGUGUGUGUGUGUGUCCAGGUGGGCGUGGCAGGUCGCCGCUGUGAGGAGUGCGUCUCUGGUUGGUUUGCUCUGUCAUCUGAGAGUCCGGACGGCUGCUCUCAGUGUUUCUGUUCAGGACUCAGCAGGGACUGUGAGGAGCAGGGUGGACUCUACAGAGUACCUAUCAGCCUGGCUCGCUCUGCUGCUCUCCUGCCAUUGGUCAGUCAGUCUAACCUGCAGGGUGUAGUAUCUGGUGUUUACCAGCAAGGCGGCGACAUGCUGCUCGACACCCGACAUCUCAACACCACCGGGCUGGUUGGCCCGCUCUACUGGAGACUGCCCCCCCAAUUUGAAGGCGCCCAGCUGCUGUCGUACGGCGGCCUGCUGUCUUACGUCGUCACCUUUUAUGCUGAGGAGGGCUCGGGGCUGUCCAAUCAGGAGCCUCAGGUCCUGAUGAGGGGCGGGACCCUAAGGAAGCUGGUGAUAUACACUGACAUGGUCGCCCCUAGCAACGGCAUCGGGACACAGCACGACAUCAGAAUGACAGAGCACCGGUGGAGGUAUUUCAACUCGGUGUCGGAGAGGUCAGUGAGUCACACUGACUUCAUGUCCGUCAUCAGUAACAUCGAGUACAUCAUCAUCAAGGCCUCGUAUGGGAGCAGACUGCAGCAGAGCAGGAUCUCUAACAUAACCAUGGAGACAGCAGUGGAGGGCGGGUUAGAGGAGGAGUCAGAUGUUGGAGGUGGUGUGGCCAGACUGAUCGAGUCCUGCAUCUGUCCACCUGGAUACGCCGGACUGUCCUGCCAGGAGUGUGCUGCAGGUUUUUUCCGUCAGCCUCUGUCUGAGUUGUCGUCUCAGAGUCAGAAGUUUGUUCGUCCGUGUGUUCAAUGUCGCUGCAACAACCACAGUGAGAUCUGCGAGCCGGAGACGGGACACUGUCAGGGCUGUCAGCAUCACACCAGUGGGCGGAGCUGUGAGCUGUGUGCCCCGGGGUAUUAUGGGAACGUCAGCGGCUCCAUCAUUGACUGCUCGCUGUGUGCCUGCCCCCUACGGCACAACAGUUUCAGCCCCACCUGCGUGUCAGACGGAGCGCUUGGUGAUUUCCGCUGCACCGCCUGUCAGACGGGCUACGAGGGGAGGUACUGCGAGAGGUGUUCUGUUGGUUACUACGGUGAGCCGUCGGUGCCGGGCGGCGUGUGCUCGCCGUGCAGCUGCAGCGGGUGGGGCUCUCUGCAGCCGCUGUGUGACACGCAGAGCGGACAGUGUGAGUGCAAGGCCGGGGUCAAAGGUCAGUCCUGUGACCGGUGUGACGAGCGCCACGUCCUGCAGGGAGGAGAGUGUGUGUCGUGUGAUGACGAGUGCACCGGCCUCCUGCUGGACGACCUGGACAUCAUACACAAGCACUUCCUGUCUGUCAACCUGAGCGGCGUGGCCUUGGCGCCCUACAGCCAGCUGGUGUCACUGGAGAACCAGACCAGAGACAUCCAGGUGGAGUCGGGAAACCGCUCGCUCGCUCUGCGUCUGUCCAGAGUGGAAGACGAGCUGAGUCACGUGACCUCUGACCUCAGCGCUCUGCUACAGCAGGUCACACGUCUGUCUAAUGUCCUGGACAAAGUGGGUGUGUCCACCAAUGACACCCUUUCCCAGGGUGCACUGCUGCUGGAGAACAUCAGCAGCCUUCAGGACAACAUCCAGGUGCUUCAGAGGGAGGCGGGGCAUCUGAACCAGACCACAGAAGAGGAGCUGGAUUCAGCCAAUCAAAUGCGUCUGCUGAAGGAGGUGGAGUCCAUGUUGGAAACCAUCAGAGCUGUCAACCUGACGGCUGCCAGCAUCUCAGCCAAUCAGGAGCUCAGCCUCGCACAGCCUCUCCUCACCUCGCUGCAGGUGGACUUCCUGUCCAGAAAGGUGGCGGUGGACAACAGGCUCCGCCCCCUUUCUGCUGCUCUCACCGCUGGCAUGGAAACACUGCAACACACGCGCACACACCUGAGCGAGGCAGCAGAACGAAACACAGACACACACACUCUGCUGGACGCCACACACACUCUACUGCUCCACUACCAGUCUCUCCAUCAGAACCUGACUCAGGUGUGUCUCUCUGUGGACGGCGUGAUGGAGGACAGCCAGAUGCUGCUGGACGACACUGUCAGCCUGACGGAGGAAUUGACCAACACCACCGCGCAGGUGGAGGUGUUCAGCGGGCAGGUGGAUCAGUGGCGCCCCCUGCUGGCGAAGCAGGUGGACACUUUGGUUGUUGGACUGAGAAAGACGGACGCUCCGGAGAACGUUUACCGUGCAGAAAGCCACGCCCAGCUGCUGCAGAGCCACGCCCACUCCCUGCACAGGUCUCUGUCGUCAGUGUGUAACGUUUCUCAGAACGGUAGCCGAUUGGGUCAGCUGGACAGUGACAUCACAGAACGUGUUGACUCUGCCCAGCAGGCGGCCUCGAUCGCCCGCGUCUCCGCCUCCCUCGCUCUCAACAUGAGCGUCCAAUCAGAGCAGCCGCUGUCAGAGGAGGGCGGGGCCAAGCUGAAUGUCAGCUGUGCUCUUCUAGAAGAAAGUCGACGAAUCAACGAGACGGCUCAAGUCCUGCAGCUGGAUGUCUCGAGGAUAUACAGUAGACUGGGAUUGGUCAGAGAGAGUGUCCGGAACUCCAGCCUCCUCCUCCGUCAGCCAAUCACAGAGCUGCAGAGUCUCUCUAACGGUUCGUCCGUGGCGCUGCAGCAGGUGCAGCUUCAGGCGGCAGCGGCGAGCUCCGGCCUGCAGGAGGCGCUGCAGCGGCUGCACAGACUCAGACAGCAGCUGCGGGAUUCUUCUUCUGUGGUGGAAAACACCAACAACACAGUGAGGGAGACCAACCAGCUGGUGACUCGCACUCAAGCCGCAGCCAAUGAGAUGCAGCAUAAGCUGGAGGAGGCGGAGCGUCGUACAGAGCGCCUGAUGGACCGGAUAAAGCCACUGAGCAUGCUGGGAGAAACACUGAGCCGGAAUCUGUCUGACAUCAAAGAGCUGAUCGAUCAGGCCAGGAGGCAGGCCGCCUCGAUCAAGGUGGCGGUCCAGGCGGACAGAGACUGUGUUCGGUCCUACAGACCACCCACUGAGUCCAGUAACUUCAACACUCUGAGUCUGAUCCUGAAGACGUCCAGUCCAGAUAACCUGCUCUUCUACCUGGGCAGCAACACCACGGUGGACUUCCUGGCAGUAGAGAUGCAUGAUGGGAAGGUUUCCCUGCUGUGGGACGUGGGUUCGGGCAGCACCAGACUGGACUUUCCCGGACUGGACAUCACCAACAACAGAUGGACCAGAAUCAACGCUACACGGUUUGGGGCCCACGGCGCUCUGUCGGUCCAUCAGCUGGAGUCCGAGUCGGCUCCGCUGCCCACGGUAACAGCGACAUCACCGGGACCGUCACGGGUUUUAGACAUCGACAGAAACACGGUGAUCCACAUCGGAGGACUGGGAGCUCACACUCAGAGCCCCACAGCGCUGAGGACCUCCACCUUCCAGGGCUGUCUGGGUGAAGCAUCGCUCAACGAGAGAAACGUCGGUCUGUGGAACUACGACAGCCGAGAGGGAGAGUGUGGAGGCUGCUUCAGCAGUCCCCAGGCGGAGGAGACGUCCUUCCACUUUGAUGGAUCUGGAUUCUCAUUGGUUCAGAAGUCUCUGCGAGCAACCUCCACCUCCAUCGUCCUACUGUUUAAAACGCUGUCUCCGGGCGGAUUGCUGCUGUACCUGGCCUCCAACAACACGAGGGACUUCUUGUCCAUGGAGCUGGUGGAGGGGCGUGUCCGUCUGACCUAUGACCUCGGCUCAGGAGCUCUGAUGCUGACCUCCACCAAGAAGUACAACACAGGAGUCUGGUACAAGAUCACGCUGCAGAGGAACAAACGCAAAGGUUACCUGUCCAUCAUGGCAGCCGACCAAUCAUCAGAGAAGGAGGUGUUGGAGGCGGAGUCUCCUGGGACGGCCUCUGACAUGAACCGCUCCGACCUCGACCCCAUCUACAUCGGAGGAUAUCCUUCCUCCAGACCAAUCAGGCGACAGGUGGUCUCCAGGUCGUACGUGGGCUGUAUAAAGAACGUGGAGAUCGCUCGGUCCAACUUUGACCUGCUGAGAGACGCGUACGGAGUGAGGAAGGGCUGCGUCCUCGAGGCGGUGCGCAGUGUGUCGGUGUUGCCCGGAGGCUUCGUUCAGAUCGCUCCUCGCUCGCUCGGUCAGGAGGCGGAGCUUCUCUUCUCCUUCUACUCCAACAACCAAUCAGGAGUCCUGCUGGCUGCCUUCAGUAACGACCGAACACAGAGACAUCACUUCCUGUCAGUGCACCUGGUCUCAGGAGCGUUGGAGGCGGAGCUCGGUGAGGUGGGUGGCCCCAGUCGGAGGGUGAUGGUGGUGAAACCUGAUGGAUCCUUCAGUGACGGAACAAGACACUCUGUGAUCAUCACUAUCAACAGGAAGUCUCUGUCCCUGCAGGUGGAUGAGGAACACAUGAAGUCCGUCUCUCUGUUUUCUGGAGGAUUUUCCCGUCUGUCUCCAGCCUCUUUCUUCAUUGGUGGGCUGCCAUCAGGGGAGGAGACUCGUCUACCAAUCAGAUUACAGGAUGUGUCCAGGUGGUUCAGAGGUUGCAUCCAACACCUGGUGGUGGGCAGGGCGCUCAUUGACCUAUCAGGAGCCGUGAGGUACACAGGUGUGGAGCUCGACAGUUGCCUAUUGGAGGAGAGAGUUGGGGGGGUGGUGCUUCCUGAUGAUCAGGGUUUAGAACCAACUCCUGACCCCGACCACCUGCCUUUAGCCCCGCCCACACACCUGAGCGCCUUCACACCUGGAGCGCUGACGUGCGUGUCGGAGGCGGAGCCAACCUUCCUGCAGUCAGCGGCUCAGUUUGGUUUGUCCAAACACAGUCACAUGAUCUUCAUCAUCAACCCCGCCACAGUCAGAAAGAGUGUGUCUCUCAGGUUGUCUGUUCGAAGCCGAGCUCUGGACGGGCUCAUCCUCCUCCUCUCGGACUCCAAACAGAUGGACUUCAUCGUCCUCAGACUGACGGGGGGGAGACUGAUGAUGUCAGCUGACCUGGGGAAAGGCCCCGCCUCCAUCGCCUCGUCUGUUGCAGUUAACGACGGAGAGUGGCACGCUGUGAGCGCUGAGGUCAGCCGGCGGUCGAUGUCGAUGUCAGUCGACGGUUCAAAUCCGGACUCUGUGCCGGUUAAAGGGACCCAGCUGGACGUGGACAACAGGCUGUACCUGGGAGGAGUGCCGCACACACACACCACUAGGAGGAUUAACGUAAGCAGUAGUUUCCCAGGUUGCAUUCGCUUGGUCAGUCUGAACGGAGCCACGCUGGAUCUGUCCAAGCCGGCCUCGCAGCAUGAGGUCACUUCCUGUUUCACCAAAGACCAGACCGGAAGUUACUUCAACGGCAGUGGAUACGCCGCCCUCAUGCGAGACGGUUAUAAGGUCGGCUCUGACGUGUCAGUGUCUCUGGACUUACGAACAAGCCAAUCAGAGGGAGUGCUUCUGGGAAUCAGCAGCGCGAAGGUUGACGCUAUCGGACUAGAGCUGAUCAACGGACAGGUGGUGUUUAACGUGAAUAACGGCGCGGGGCGAGUGUCGGUGCGUUCGAUCGGUCAGAUCUUAUGUGAUGGACGCUGGCACCACUUGCUGGCCAGAAAGACCAAACACACCCUGAGUCUGAGUGUAGACGGGCGGAGUUACACCACCCAGAACCCCCACCCACAAUCCACCUCUGCGGAGACAAACAACCCUGUUUACCUGGGAGGCUAUCCAGUCGGUGUGAAGCAGAACUGCCUGUCCACCAGCUCCAGGUUCUCAGGCUGUUUGAAGAACCUGCAGCUUGUCAAGUCUCACCUGAGUGACGCGCUGGACCUGAGCUCCGCCCACUUCCUGUUGGGCGUCACUCCUAACUCAUGUCCUGUUGCCUAGCAAUGCCCAGGCUGUCUCUGAUUGGUCCACAGACCAACAGUUCAAUGUGAAAGCUGUUUCUUUUUAUUUCCUGUUGUUCGCCUGAAACAUGAAUCAUUAAAGAUGACUUGAAAACUCGUUCA